CCCUUUCAAAGAUGGCCGCCCUGUUGUUUUGAUGAAUAAUACUUGGUGGGGCGAGGGGGUAAGAGUAGGGGUGGAAGGGUAGGAGGAUUUACUCUUCCAUCCAGAGCAUCGCGAGUCCCGUCCUCCCCCUCCCCCCUGCCCGGGCUCCGGCGUGGAGGCGGGGCGUGGCCGGCCUGCUUUGGGAGGGGAGGGGCUUCCCUCUUCAGUGCUGGGCUCUGCCUCGGCGGUUCUGGGGUCGCCUUACCUCGGGGCAUCCACUCUGCAGUCGAACAGUUCCCGCCUGGGGCAAAGGGUAGGAAGGAGAGCAGGAUCUGCUGGAGGAGGCGCACCUGCCGCGCCACCACCACGAAGACACAGCAGGCUCAGGGCACGAGACGUGCUGGAGACCCGAGUCCCUGGUCUGGGUAACCUGGGAAGCAGAGGGCAAUAGUGGCGCCUUAAGAUAACCCUGUAGAGCAGCCGCGGUGGUGGCCAAAGGAGGCUGCUCGGGGCACAAGCAGCUGUAGGAGUCUGUGGGGCGAUUGGAGUGACCGACGCCAAGGCGGUUCAGUGCCUCUCGUGUUCUUAUUUUUUAACCUCUGACUAUGCAAUUCUGAAACCUCCCCCAUUCGGGGGACCAGACAGCCCGAUAGACACCUUCCACUCUCCUCCCGCCCUGGUCUCAAGAACAGAAGGAUCUCUCCCUAACGCCUUUCACCAUUAAGAGGAAAGCGAUGGAGGAGCUGAGCGCUGAUGAGAUCCGACGGAGGCGCCUUGCACGACUUGCUGGUGGACAGACCUCCCAGCCGACCACCCCGCUCACCUCGCCCCAGAGGGAGAACCCUCUGGGGCCUCCCAUAGCAGCAUCAGCCCCAGGCCCCUCCCAGAGCCUUGGUCUCAGUGUCCACAACAUGACCCCAGCUACCUCCCCAAUAGGUGCAUCAGGAGUAGCGCAUCGAAGCCAGAGCAGUGAAGGAGUCAGCUCUCUCAGCAGCUCGCCCUCCAAUAGCCUUGAAACCCAGUCUCAGUCUCUCUCACGUUCCCAGAGCAUGGAUAUCGAUGGCGUCUCUUGUGAAAAAAGCAUGUCCCAGGUGGAUGUGGAUUCAGGAAUUGAAAAUAUGGAGGUUGAUGAAAACGAUCGAAGAGAAAAGAGGAGCCUCAGCGAUAAGGAGCCUUCCUCGGGUUCAGAAGUGUCCGAAGAGCAGGCCUUGCAGCUGGUCUGUAAGAUCUUCCGAGUCUCCUGGAAGGACCGGGACAGAGAUGUCAUCUUUCUUUCUUCUCUUUCUGCACAAUUUAAGCAGAACCCAAAAGAAGUGUUCUCUGAUUUUAAGGACUUGAUUGGCCAGAUUUUAAUGGAAGUGCUAAUGAUGUCUGCUCAGACCAGAGAUGAAAAUCCCUUUGCCAGUCUGACGGCCACGUCUCAGCCAAUUGCAGCGGCAGCUCGGUCACCAGACAGAAAUCUCAUGCUCGCUACCGGCUCCAACCCAGGAACUAGCCCCAUGUUCUGCGGCGCGGGUUCCUUCGGCGCCAGCUCUUUCUCAAGCCUCUAUGAAACUAGCCCAGCUCCCAGUUCAAGUUUCUGGAGCGCGGCGCCAGUGAUGAGUCCGUCCUUUGCCUCCUCCCCUGCCCGUGCAGCCGGCCUGAUGGCUGGGCCUGCCACUUCCCUCAGCCCCCAUGCCGCGGCUCCUGGGUCUGCCACAGGAAGCCAGCCCUCAUCUCCACGGUAUCGCCCCUACACCGUCACCCACCCGUGGGGGUCUUCAACUUCUCCUAUCCCGCGGUCCCCCGGCAUCUCCAUUCUGUCCAGCUCGCCCAGCCUCCCCGCCCUCGCUAGUAGCCUUCAAGCGGUGCCCGCCAGCUCUCCCAGACAGAGACCCAGCAGCCUAGGGCCACCUUCCCUGGCCGCGUCGCCCAGUGCCGCAAGCAGACGUCCCUCAGCCCUAAGGAUCUCUCCUAGUAUGUACGACAGUCCUUUCUCCUUCUUCUUCCUCGCGCUUUCUGGCGACAGUAGUGAUGAAGAUGAAGAAGAAGAUGGUGAUGGUGAUGAUGAAGGUGGUGGUGGUGGUGAUGAGUUUUCUUGUGUCCAGUUUGGGUCCAGUUUGGGAGCCUCUGGUGGGGCAAGUACCUGGGAUUCCUACAGUGACCAUUUCACCAUUGAGACCUGCAAGGAGACAGACAUGCUGAACUACCUCAUCGAGUGUUUUGACCGAGUUGGAAUAGAGGAAAAAAAAGCACCAAAGACGUGCAGCCAGCCGGCAGUCAGCCAGCUUCUGAGCAACAUCCGCUCGCAGUGCAUAUCCCAUACUGCGCUAGUCCUGCAAGGUUCCCUCACGCAACCAAGGUCCAUGCAGCAGCCGUCCUUCCUGGUGCCGUAUAUGCUGUGCAGGAAUCUCCCGUAUGGCUUCAUGCAGGAGCUGGUGCGGACCACUCACCAGGAUGAAGAAGUGUUCAAGCAGAUCUUUAUCCCCAUUUUACAAGGCCUGGCCCUCGCUGCCAAAGAGUGCUCCCUCGAUAGUGACUACUUCAAGUACCCCCUCAUGGCUUUAGGUGAGCUUUGUGAAACCAAGUUUGGGAAGACCCACCCUGUGUGCAAUUUGGUGGCUUCUUUGCCAUUGUGGUUGCCUAAAUCCUUAAGCCCCGGCUCUGGGCGGGAGCUGCAGAGACUGUCCUACCUGGGGGCUUUCUUCAGCUUCUCGGUCUUUGCAGAAGACGAUGCUAAGGUGGUUGAAAAGUAUUUCUCAGGGCCCGCCAUUACCCUGGAGAACACUCGUGUGGUCAGCCAGUCACUGCAGCAUUACCUGGAGCUGGGAAGGCAAGAGCUUUUCAAGAUUCUGCACAGUAUUCUGUUAAACGGCGAGACCCGUGAGGCUGCUCUCAGUUACAUGGCAGCCGUCGUCAACGCCAACAUGAAGAAAGCACAGAUGCAGACAGAUGAUAGAUUGGUAUCUACGGACGGAUUCAUGCUGAAUUUCCUUUGGGUGCUGCAGCAGCUAAGUACAAAGAUCAAGUUAGAGACGGUGGACCCCGCGUAUGUGCUCCACCCAAGGUGCCGGAUCGCUCUCCCUAAUGAUGAGACGAGAGUGAACGCGACAAUGGAGGACGUGAACGACUGGCUGGCGGAGCUGUAUGGAGAUCAGCCUCCAUUUUCUGAGCCGAAAUUCCCUACAGAAUGCUUUUUUCUUACCCUGCACGCCCACCACCUCUCCAUUCUGCCAAGCUGCCGUCGCUACAUCCGCAGACUCCGGGCCAUCCGGGAGCUCAAUAGAACCGUGGAAGAUCUGAAAAACAAUGAAAGCCAAUGGAAAGAUUCCCCGCUGGCAACCAGACACCGCGAGAUGCUGAAGCGUUGCAAAACUCAGCUUAAGAAACUGGUACGGUGCAAGGCCUGUGCUGACGCUGGUUUACUUGAUGAGAGCUUUCUGAGAAGAUGUUUGAAUUUUUAUGGCCUUCUCAUCCAGCUGCUGCUCCGCAUCCUGGACCCCGCCUAUCCCGAUAUAACACUGCCUUUAAACUCAGAUGUCCCCAAGGUAUUUGCAGCAUUGCCUGAGUUUUAUGUAGAAGAUGUUGCUGAAUUUUUAUUUUUUAUUGUACAAUACUCUCCUCAGGUGCUUUAUGAACCCUGUACUCAGGACAUUGUGACGUUCCUCGUUGUGAUGUUGUGUAACCAGAACUACAUCCGAAAUCCGUAUCUGGUGGCCAAACUGGUCGAAGUCAUGUUUAUGACCAACCCUGCCGUUCAGCCACGAACCCAGAAGUUUUUUGAAAUGAUCGAAAACCAUCCUCUCUCCACCAAAUUGUUGGUCCCUUCACUGAUGAAGUUUUAUACCGACGUUGAGCACACCGGAGCCACCAGUGAGUUCUACGACAAGUUCACCAUCCGCUAUCACAUCAGCACCAUUUUUAAAAGCCUUUGGCAAAACAUAGCUCACCAUGGCACCUUCAUGGAGGAGUUCAAUUCGGGGAAGCAGUUCGUCCGCUACAUAAACAUGCUGAUAAAUGACACGACAUUUCUGCUUGAUGAAAGUCUGGAGUCUCUGAAGCGGAUCCACGAAGUGCAGGAAGAGAUGAAGAACAAAGACCAGUGGGACCAGCUGCCCCGGGAUCAGCAGCAAGCCCGUCAGUCCCAGCUGGCUCAGGACGAGCGUGUGUCCCGCUCCUAUCUUGCCCUGGCAACAGAAACCGUGGACAUGUUCCAUAUCCUCACGAAGCAGGUCCAGAAGCCCUUCCUCAGGCCGGAACUUGGACCCCGAUUGGCCGCAAUGCUGAACUUUAAUCUUCAGCAACUCUGUGGCCCCAAGUGCCGUGACCUGAAAGUUGAAAACCCCGAGAAGUACGGCUUUGAACCAAAGAAGCUGUUGGACCAACUGACGGAUAUUUACCUGCAGCUGGACUGUGCCCGGUUUGCCAAAGCCAUUGCCGACGACCAGAGAUCCUACAGCAAAGAGUUGUUUGAAGAAGUGAUCUCGAAGAUGCGGAAGGCCGGGAUCAAAUCGACCAUAGCAAUCGAGAAGUUUAAGCUCCUGGCCGAGAAGGUGGAGGAGAUAGUGGCCAAGAACGCACGCGCGGAAAUCGACUACAGCGACGCCCCCGACGAGUUCAGAGACCCUCUGAUGGACACCCUGAUGACCGACCCCGUGCGGCUGCCGUCCGGCACCAUCAUGGACCGCUCCAUCAUCCUGCGGCACUUGCUCAACUCCCCCACAGACCCCUUCAACCGGCAGACGCUGACCGAGAGCAUGCUGGAACCAGUGCCAGAAUUGAAAGAACAGAUUCACGCCUGGAUGAGAGAGAAACAAAACAGUGAUCACUAAACCGUCCCCCGUGCCCACCCUCCGCGAGACACAGCCAAGGCCGGCCAGGCAGGCGGGAGCGGCGUCGGCGGUGGAGACGCCCUUCCGAUGCUUUUCAGCCCCGCCGGGCAGGAGACGCCGAGAGCCCCCACCCACCUCCCCCAGAGUGACCAGACGGUGGAGACCUGCGAGGACGUGGAUGGCAAGAGGAACCCCAUUCCUGUACAUAUAUUUAAGUGACACACAUGGUCAAAAGCUUGAGGGACACACUUUACGAUUGUUUGUGUAAUAAAGCUCGUCUUCCUAUGUCACCAUUUGGGGCUUUUGCAACGGAAGUCUUUUAGCGAUUGAUGACCAGUGGGUCUGGGCAGCAUCCUAAGUUCAUCUCCCCCCACCCCCACCCCAAGCCCAAUACCCGUUGAUUUGAUUGUGAUUAGAGAACCUUGGACAUUUUGCUGCUAAAGAAUCCUUCCCCCUCCUCCUCCCUUCCUGACCCUACUUGCACUGCUGUGGAAUUUUUUAAGAGAAGCAAAAACAAAAAUAUACUCCUUCCCCCCGGCCCUCUAGACAUAUACUCUGUGAGAAAACCGUGCCUGCGACAAAGUGUUAAUCCUGGGAUCGUAUUUUUAUAUCAUAUUCACAUAUUUGUUUUUUUAAUUGGUGUUAGAUGACAUGAUUAAUAAAAAAGGCAAGAUAUUUUCAGAAUUCGAAUUUCAGUUUUUAUUUUUUUUUUUUUCUUUUGAAAUGUCCAUUUAAAGUUUUUUUAUUCUCAACAAAAUGAAGAGAACCUGUUGCCCUGGUCCUUGGCAUAGGCCUCUCGUAGGAGCCCGAGGAGCAGCUGCAGGGCAGGAAAAAGUAUUCACGUAUAUCAGGAUUUUUACAAGACUUACGGUUUUGGGGGGAGGCGCACGCCGGGCGGGGGGCGGCAGUUCCAAACCGUUACAGUUAUCCUAGGAGGGAAAAGAAAUUCCUCAACUCCGGAGUCUGUGAGUUCGAGGCAGGGGGUCAUCUAUAAGACGUAUCCUUUGGGGCUUGCCCUUACCAAAGCAAAAAUGGGGCACAGGAAACGGGGACGCGUGUCUCCCUGUAAACACACACACAGACACACCCACACACGCACAGAACCAUAAGACUUUUUGUAUUACUGCUCCCGACUUCAACAUACUUGAAUUCUCGCAUUUCCUGUGGGGUAAAAAAGGAUCUGAAACCAUAAAGUGUUUUGAGGAAAUUAAGCUACAAGAACAGACUUUCUUUUUUUCCUUUUUCCUCCCCCUCCACAGACAAUGUCCUCUGUUCGAUUCCUAACGCAAACUACAAUAAAUGGUGAUACGCAUUCAGAAGGAA